GAGGAGCACAUGUGUCAUCACAUAGCACAUGUUACUGUCAUAUAGUGAUCAUACAGAAAGGUUAAAGACGAAAAGCUGCCUGAGGAACCAGCGCAGGGCACAAUGCCCCACACGUCUACGGCGGCCGCUGAGGAUCAGUAUGAACGGACGAUGGACUACGCGAAUGAGGAAAACAUACGCUAGCAUCAAGCUAACGUUGCUACAUAGAGUUUACGAGCGAGCCAAAGCGUUCUGGGCCGAGGAGGACGUGGAUCAGGUUUUCAGUGGAGCGUUUGAGUACCUGGAUCACCUGAAGAGGGUCCUGAAGAAGAACACGGCCACAGAUAAAGAGUACGUUCAGGGCCUGAAGCUGCUGGAGUGUCUCAACGGUCCUCCGGUUUCCCCUCAGGACUCCUCGGUGGUCCAGGUGGUCAUCGGUUCAGAUGAGCUGCUACCUGAGUCCCCCCCCUCCCCCUCCCCCUCCUCCCCCUCCCCCUCCUACUCCCCCGUCUCUCCUGCCACCGGGACGUCCAGCUCACCAGCUCCCCCUUCAGGCCCAGACGAGCUGCUGCGUCCUCUGAGCCCAGACCAGCUGCAGGACCACAGACCCCCCUGCUGCAAGGCCUGCCUGCCCAGUUUACCCAGCAUGCCUCAGUGCACCCCUGCGUUCUGGGGUCAGAACCCCCUGAAGGUUCCGCUGCUCUGCGGCUUUAAGAGGCUGAGCGCCCUGCCGCCGAUGAUGUCAUUGAGAGGAGGCGGCGAGGGGGCGGAGCCAGCCGUCCCUGAUGACGAGGACGUAGGAGAGGACUGGGACGUCCUCUACAGAGCCCCGUGUGGACAGAGUCUCCGUAACCAUGACGACGUGAUGCGUUUCCUGUUGGCCACAGAGAGCUACGACGUCCUGCAGGUGGACUUCUUCACCUUUAACCCCUCGGUCCGGUUGGACCCGCCUCCUCCGGUGGGCCCCCGCUGUCCAGAGAUGGACCUGAGCCGGGGGUUAGAGCCCACGCCGGUGCAGCUGUGCGUCGGGGACGGCGGCGCCAGACCCGCCGAGUUCCGCUACAGGAAGGACCGCUGGCCGCAUGGCUGCUUCCUGACCCGCGGCCCGGCGCUGUUCCACGUCUGCUGCGACUGCACCGACGGCUGCAGCGACCCGCAGCGCUGCGCCUGCGCCGCCACGACCGGAGGGGGGCGGAGCUACAGCCACCACCGGCUGCCGGAGGCAGUCCCCUCAGGGGUGUUCGAGUGCGGUCCGUGGUGCGGCUGCGUCCGGGCCCGCUGUCAGAACCGGCUGGUCCAGAGGGGGAUCCGAGUCCGCCUCCAGGUCUUCCAGACCGACGGCCGAGGCUGGGGCGUGCGUUGCCGUGACGACCUGGACCGCGGCACGUUCGUGUGCAUCUACGCAGGUGUCACGCUGCAGAGGGGACAGAACCCCGCCGAGCACGCCCCGAAACUGAUGAUGAGGGCCGACCUCCCGUCGGACGACGAGGUGGAGGUGGUCACCGAGUGGCUGCCCCCGGUGCUGGAGGGGCGGAGCACCGUGCUGGAGCCCCCAGACCCACAUCGCCCCCGACCCACAUCGCCCCCCCUACACGUCCCCGUGAUCCAGAGACCCGCCGACGCCAACGCCACGCCACCGGACCGAGACCAGACCGUGUUGGUCGGAGCUCCGUCUCCUCCGUCUCCUCCUCCAGGUGAGUCAGGUGACCCGUCCCCGCCUCCGGAGAAGAUGGUUGCUGUGACGACGGUCCGCGGCGUGAACGGAACGGAGACGAGGACGAGUCUGAAGAGAGCAAUGAAGGAGGAGGACGUCUACUUCAUGGACGCCAGCAAAGAGGGAAACGUGAGCCGCUUCAUCAACCACAGCUGUCAGCCAAACCUCUUCAUCCAGAACGUCUUCACCGACUGUCACGACCCCGGGUUCCCCAACGUGGCCUUCUUCACCAGCAGCGUUGUGAAGGCCGGCACUGAGCUCACCUGGAACUACUCCACCGACGCUCGGAGUAAACAGGAAGUGCUCUGUCUCUGCAGUAGCAACGGUUGCCGGGGAAACUUCACCAUCGAGGAGAAGCUGUGUGACGUGUGCGAGGUCAAAGGUCAAGGUGAAACACAGUAGCGCCCCCACCACCAGUUCACACAUUCCAACUGACUAAACAGGAAGAAGGUAUUUUUCUACUGACGCUUUGAAAACUUCUGCUUUUUAAGUUUUUCUAAAUAAAUCUAAAAAAUUUCAACCAAAUGUUUAGGCUGUUUUAUUUUGAAAGGCUAUCAAACUGGUUUUAUUUCAGAGUUCACAUCUGUGUCCACUUUGGCAUACAUGAGGCUUUUAUUUUGAAGACCUCAGUCCUCCAGUAACAAUGUCUGCAAAAGGUUUUAUUUUGAAACUCCA